GGGAGGGGCGGCCCCACGCCGCCGGCAGCGCCGCCGCCAUGGACCUAGGCCCCUUGAACAUCUGUGAAGAAAUGACUAUUCUGCAUGGGGGCUUCUUGCUGGCCGAGCAGCUUUUCCGCCCCAAAGCACUGGCAGAAUUGACCAAGUCUGACUGGGAACAUGUUGGGCAGCCCAUUGUGGAGGCCUUGAAAGAGAUCUCGGCCACAGCGUGCUCCCAGCCCUUUGCCUGGAAGAAGAAAGCUCUGAUCAUUAUCUGGGCCAAGGUUCUUCAGCCCUACCCUGCCACCCCUUCUGACACUGAAACCCGGUGGCAGGAGGAUGUGUUUUUCUCAGUAGGCAACAUGCUUCCCACUAUCAAUCACACAAUCCUUUUUGAGCUGCUCAAGUCCCUGGAAGCUUCUGGACUCUUUAUCCAGCUCCUGAUGGCCCUGCCCACCACCAUCUGCCGCGUAGAGCUAGAGCGCUUUUUGGAACACAUGACUGUUAACACUUCUUCAAAGGAUGUGGCCUUCUUCCUAGACAUCUGGUGGGAAAUGAUGAAGCACAAGGGCAAUCAGCAGGACCCUCUGCUCUCGCAGUUUAGGACAAUGGCCCAUAAGUAUUUGUCUUCUUCAGAUGACUUCUGCCAUCCUCCAAAGAGGUUCAAGUCAGACCCAGAUGUGUGUCCCACCAUGCCCCUGUUGGCCAUGCUGCUCAACGGGCUGAAGCAAAUCCAGAAUAAAAUCCUGUGUCCUGGAAUGAAGUGCUGCGCAUUGGCCAACUUGGCCGACAUGCUGACGGUGUUUGCCCUUGUGGAGGAGGACCCCCAGGAAGUGUCUGCCACCGUGUAUCUGGACAAACUGGCAACCGUCAUUUCCGUGUGGAAUUCAGACACCCAGAAGCCAUACCACCAACAGGCGCUGACAGAGAAGGUAAAGGAGGCAGAGCGGGAUGUCAGCCUGAACUCGCUGGCCAGGCUCCCAACUGAGACGCUGUUUGUUGGGUUUGAGUACAUGCUCAGCCUGCUGCGGGAGUGGGGAGAAGAGCUGCAGGCCAUGCUCAACAGCAGCCAGGGGACAAGCUAUGAUAGCUACCGGCUGUGUGACAGUCUGACUUCCUUCAGCCAGAACUUGAAGCUCUACCUGGAUACCACAACCUUGUCUAAGGAAGAGAGCGAGGUGGUCUCUGACUUGGCAGAGUGUGUCAAGGACUUCCUGAAGAAAACGAGCAGGGUGCUGAAGAACAGAGGUCUGGAGAAGGACAUCACUGCCUCCAUUGCCAUGGCCAUUAUUGAGAAGAAGAUGGACCGGCAUAUGGAAAUGUGCUAUGUUUUUGCCUCUGAGAAGAAGUGGGCCUUCUCAGAUGAGUGGCUCGCCUGCCUGGUUAAUAACAGGGCUCUCUUCCGAGAGCCAGGCUUGGUGUUAAAGCUGUUGGAGACAGUGAUGGAAGUCAGCACAUCUGACAGAGUCAUCCCCGAGUCUCAGAUCAAACAAGUGGUUGACUUGAUCCUGGAAUGCUAUGCAGACCUCUCGCUGCCAGAUAAAAAUAAAGUCCUCUCAGGCAUCCUGCAUUCCUGGGGGCGAAAGGGCCUCUCAGAGAAGUUGCUGGCUUACUUAGAGGGUUUCCAAGAAGACCUCAAUACCACUUUUAACCAGCUCACACAGAGUGCCUCUGAACAGGGCUUGGCCAAAGCGGUGGCUUCUGUGGCCCGGCUGGUGAUACUGCACCCAGAAAUCACGGUCAAGAAAAUGUGUGGCAUGGCUGUCAUCAAUCUCGGCACCCACAAGUUCCUGGCUCAGAUUCUCAGUGCCUUCCCCGCCCUCAGGUUCGCAGAAGAGCAGGGGCCAAACCCAGCCACCACAUUCAUGGUGUCAUGCCUCAAAGAAACUGUGUGGGGAAAGUUCUCGACAUCCAAGGAAGAAAAGCAGUUUUUGGAGUUCCUCAGCUGCCUGAUGAGUCCUGUGAAGCCCCAGGGGAUUCCAGUUGCUGCUCUUCUUGAGCCAGAUGAGGUGCUCAAGGAAUUUGUCCUGCCUUUCUUGAUGCUGGAUGUUGAAGAGGUCGACCUCAGCCUGAAGAUCUUCAUCCAGACUCUAGAAGCAAACGCAGGCUUAGACGAGUACUGGCUCCAGACUUGCUCUCCGUUCCCCCUGGUUUUCAGCUUAUGCCAGCUCCUGGAUUGCUACGGCAAAUACUGGCAGCUCCCCAAGGAAAAGCGGUACCUCUCUUUGGAGGGGAAGGAUCUGGUGAUCCAUAUCCUGGCACGCCUUUGUGAGAUUGUGUUAGCUAAUGCAGAGACCUUCUCCCCUGACACCUGGACCAAGUCCCUGUCCUGGCUCCACCGGAAGUUGGAACAGCUAGACUGGACUGUGGGCCUGAGACUGAAGAAUUUCUUUGAGGGCCACUUCAAGUGUGAGGUGCCAGCCACACUUUUCGAGAUCUGUAAGCUUUCCGAGGGUGAGUGGACCUCCCAGGCCCACCCAGGGUACGGGCCAGGCACAGGACUUCUGGCUUGGAUGGAGUGCUGCUGUAUCUCCAGCAGCAUCUGUGAGCAGAUGCUCUCCCUCUUGGUGGUAGAUGUGGGCAAUCCAGAGGAGGUCAGACUGUUCAGCAAGGGCUUUCUGGUAGCCCUUGUGCAAGUCAUGCCUUGGUGCAGCCCCCAGGAGUGGCAGUACCUUCACCAGCUGACCAGGAAACUGUUGGAGAAACAGCUCCUACAUGUCCCGUACAGCCUGGAAUAUAUUCAGUUUGUCCCCCUGCUCAACCUGAAGCCCUUCGCCCAGGAGCUCCAACUCUCCGUACUCUUCCUGAGAGUUUUCCAGUUUCUCUGCAGCCAGAGUUGUCGUAAUUGGCUUCCUUUAGACGGCUGGAGCCAUGUGGUCAAGCUCCUCUGUAGCAGUCUGACCAACCUCCUGGACUCGGUUAGGUUGAUACAGUCAGUGAGCCCUUGGACCCAAGGACAAGAACAGGACCUGACCCAGGAAGCCUUGUUUGUUUAUACCCAGAUAUUCUGUCAUGUUCUGCACAUCAUGGCCAUGCUCCACCAAGAGGUGUGUGAACCACUCUAUGUUCUAGCCUUGGAGAUCCUCACUUGCUAUGAAACCCUGUGCAAGGCCAAUCCUUCUAUUAGUUCUUUGCUCCAGAAGGUGAAUGAGCAGCGCUUCUUAAAGUCCAUCGCUGAGAACAUUAGCCCGGAGGAACGGCGUCACACCCUGCUACAGAAAAUCAACAACUUCUGAUCUUUGCAGAUCAGAAAAAAGCUGGGCCUCAACAGGGUGGGUCUGUAGGGGCUAGAGCUGAGAAGCACAAACUUUACAGUGUGACGUUGUAUACGAGAUAAAAAGUAUAUGGCAAUAACAGUGUAAAGAAAAUAGUUUCUUAGGGAUUUGUAACAUACAAAUUAUAAUAAAAUUCUCUUGAGUUUCAUCUUGUCUCGCCCUACCCCUUGCUAUCAAGUCGAUCCCAACUCAUGGCAACCCCAUGUGUUCCAGAGUAGAACUGCUCCAUAGGGUUUUUUUGGCUGUAAUCUUUAUGGAAGCAGAUUGCCAGGCCCUUCUUCUGCAGUGCCACUGGGUGGGUUUGAACCAUCAAACUUUGUCAAGUGCAAAUCAUCUGCACUACCACCGGACCUUUUUGCACCCUAGAAUAUGACAAAUAAGCCUAAAGGUGAAACCACCCAAGUGGGAAAAAAAUUACUGGGAAUGUGUGUUCUUGUACAUUGAAUCCUUCAAGGGUCAUUUCAACAUUUUAAUAUUUUUCAUGCGGUAUCUUGGAAACGGCAGCAACUUGGAAAAGAGCUCUAUUCUAGCCCUGGCUCUGGCACCAACUGGCCAUGUGAUUUUUGUACCCAAGAGGCCAACACCAUUGUAAAAUAAGGAUUGGACCAAGAAAAACUGAGCCUUAAGGAGGUAGAUUAAUAACCUCUAGAAAAUGGGUGUCUUCUGAAUUGAGGACUUCUAACUGCAUACUGUCUAACUCUGUAGAUCCAGAAGGGGCUGUCCUAAAACUAGGUCUGAUAAACACAGUUGAGAUGUGUUUAAGGGAUGGGUGUAAUUAUCCUCUGCCUUGGGUGGGGUUGUCAUGGUUUUGAAGAAAGUGGGAAUACAGAAUGGUGUUUGCAGAACCAUAAAAAUGAAUUUAAGGUAUUCAGGGUAGAUUACAGAACUCUGAGAACUCGUUGGCAAGAUGUUUAUUUUGGGAGACGAGAGGGAAAAGGAUAUGCCCCAUCACC